ACCUCAGCGCUGCGGUGACCCCAGCACGGGGCUCGCGCUGCCGCUGUGUCCGUUGGGGCCGGGCUCGCGCUGCCGGCUGGGCCCCGGCCGCCGGGGCAGGAUGCGGCGCUACGUGCGCGUGGCGCUGCUGUGCCUGGGCUGUGGCUUGUGCUCGCUGCUCUAUGGCUCCAGCCAGCUGGCCCUGGAGCAGGAGCCUGGCUGGGGGAAGCCGCAGGCCCGAGACCCCGCCGCUCCCGUCCGGAGACAGCGCGCCGGCGGCGGGAGGGCGGCUGCGGCGGCGGCGGCGGGAAGCGCAGGCCGCGGGGAGUGUAAGAAUUUGUCUUUAUCUUACUGGAAUUCCUAUUGGAUGCUGCCCUCUGAUGUUUGUGGAAUGAACUGCUAUUGGGAAGCUGCUUUUAGAUAUGAUUUUAUGAAAACUCAGCCUGCUGAGAGGAUGCAUCUAGCAGUGGUUGCCUGUGGUGAAAGGCUGGAGGAGACUGUUACUAUGUUGAAAUCAGCCAUUAUUUUCAGCAUCCAACCUCUACAGUUUCAUAUUUUUGCAGAGGGCCAACUGCACAACAGCUUCAAAGGCAUACUCAAUGGUUUGCCAUAUCAAGGAAAAUUUAAUUAUACCGUAUACCCAAUAACAUUUCCGACUGAGAGCGCAGCAGAAUGGAAGAAACUGUUUAAACCCUGUGCUUCACAAAGGCUGUUCUUGCCAUUAAUCCUCAAAGAUGUGGAUUCGUUACUGUAUGUUGAUACUGACAUCCUGUUCUUGAGACCUGUUGAUGAUAUUUGGUCUUUUCUGAAAAAAUUUAAUUCCACACAAAUUGCUGCAAUGGCACCAGAACACGAGGAACCUCGUAUUGGAUGGUAUAAUCGCUUUGCUAGACACCCAUAUUAUGGAAUAACUGGAAUAAAUUCUGGAGUAAUGCUAAUGAAUAUGACCCGUAUAAGAAGAAAGUAUUUCAAGAAUGAUAUGACAACUGCUCGGCUGCAGUGGGGAGAAAUUCUUAUGCCAUUGCUUAAAAAAUAUAAACUAAACAUAACAUGGGGUGAUCAAGAUCUGUUGAAUAUUAUGUUUUUUCAUAAUCCAGAGAGCCUAUUUGUCUUUCCCUGUCAAUGGAAUUAUCGUCCUGACCACUGCAUUUAUGGAAGCAAUUGUAAGGAAGCUGAAGAAAAAGGAAUAUUUAUUCUUCAUGGAAACAGAGGUGUUUACCAUGAUGAUAAACAACCAACUUUUAGGGUUAUAUAUGAAGCAAUAAAAAAAUAUUCCUUUGGUGAUGACCUGGUUAAUUUCCUGUUACAGCCCCUAGAACUGGAACUGCAGAAGACAAUGCAUACAUACUGUGGAAGAAUAUACAAAGUGUUCAUAAAGCAGCUAACAAAAAGCAUUAGAGAUAUUUAUGAUAAAAGAUCAAAGGGAAGUUGAUUCUUGCUACAAACUCACAAAACUAUUGAAUUCAAACAGACGGAAUAUAUAAAAUGUAUGAAUGAUGUUCAUGCAAGAAAUAUAAUAUUGCUUGAAUCACCUAUUCCUAGCGUGCCUAGGUAAAUGUUUACCAGUGUAGAUAAAAUGAAGAAACUGUUCAUAUUAUGAAGAAUACAAACACUUUCCUGCAAAGAAGAUAUUUUUGAUCUUUUAAUCACUGCUAAUUUUCAUUCCAGUUCUAGUGAAUAUGGGAGUUACUGGCUCUUCUAGUCGGUUUUUUUAUUCUGCAUAAUUCAGUUGUCUGUCAUACUCAAAUGGGUAAAACAGAAAUUAAGAUAGAUCUAUUGGUAGAAUGUACCUCAUACAUUAUCUAUGAUUCUGCUAAACUGUGAAUGUAGCAAUAAUUGAGUCAGCACUAACCUCACUUUAAAAGUGUGAGAACAAAGUUGUUUACAAGGACAGAAGUUAUUCUGUUUUCAAAGAAAUGUGAUAUAACCAUUGACAAUCUGUAUGUGCCUUUAGACGUGUUCAUCUCCUACGUGUUAAAAUAUUGUUUUGACAAUCAUGUUUCAUAUUUUUAAUGUAAACUGCACAUUAUAAGCAAGAUUUUCAAAGCAAUUAAUCACUAGUGUAAGAGGAACUAGUUUCUCAUCUAUAGUUACUGAUAUCUUGUUGUGAUACAACCUCAUAACAGAUGCUGUGUUCAGCCAUCUUGCCAAAAUACUCCAGCUGAAUUUUUUACAAAGAUAUAAUACGAGAUUUUUUUAAAAAAUACCUUUUUGCAACUUUACUGAGCUUUCUGGAAGCAGAAAUAUAUAAUGGAAUGUUGCCUCUAUUAUAUUUAAUUACUAAGAAUGAUUACAUGAUAUGGUAGAGAGCUGUGAGUGGGGCUCUUAAUUGUUCACCAGAAUGCAUAUAGGACAUGUUUCCUAUGAGAAGUAUUAAUCGUGAGGAAAUAUUAUACACAUUACCACUUCACCUCAUAACCCCCUCUCCUCCAAUAGAUUUGCAUAUGUGCUUAAUAACAAAGCUUAAAAAUCUUGGACAGAUCCUCAGAUGAAUGGUUCCAUUGACACCAAUAGAGCUAUGCUGAUUUACAAGAGUAUUAGGCCCCUGUGUUUUUGUUUAUAGGAAACCUGUCCAUUGUUUUCAGGAUAUAAAUUUAUUUCCUUUUGAAAAACGAAACAAA